AUGGUUCAAGAGUCACAUAUCGACUCACCUCCUGAACGAAUCGAUAUCGUUCAUGGUACGAAUUAUCUUCUUGAAUCUCUUGGUAUCAAUCGUCGUAUCCAUUCCGUUGCUGAAUUUACUAGUCCAAUACUCAUUCCAAUUUAUGAAGCCAUUUGCUCAUGUCGACUGAAUGAUGUUCGAGUACCUGUUCGUAAUCUUGCUGAUGAAAUUCACAAUAUUCAAUCUGUUAUCAAUGCUCUCUGUUUCGACACAGUCGAAUUUGAUCUUUCGCAUAUCUCAGGUGAACAAGUCGCCAAUGGAGAUCUAUACGCUAUGGAAGACUUACUUGAGAUAUUUACUGAUGUUUAUCAUUGGAUCAAAAACGAUCGGGAAGAAGUUCUCCCCUUGACGACCAUUCCAAGUUUACCGUUACAUUCCGAUCGUUCAAGCGUCCAAGCAUCAUCGCUUGGUGCGCAAAUCGCGCACUUGGCUGACCGACGACGUCCGUUCGGUCACGAUCUUGCAGCACCGAAUAGUCUCGUUCUUACUGAAAUAAGUCCCAUAGUUUCACCAUCCAAUUCACCAACGCGCAAUCAUCAACAAGGAUCUACUGAACACGAUAACGUUGUCGAAGAUUUACAAGAAAAAUACCAAACGCUUCUACGUCGUUUCGAACAAACAGUACAAAUGUCCUCGGAUGCACUUAAUCUCUCUCGUAUUUCACAUGACACUCCGUCCACAACAACGUCAGAUUUACGUCUAUUACUCAAUGAUCUAAACAGUGAUAAAAAACUCGAAGCUAAGCAUAACGAUACAUUCAAUGUCGAUAGUAAUAGUAACCAAAAACCGUACGGCGAAAUCGAGGAUGACUUAGCAUUACUUCUCAACGAAAAGUCAUCUCCAAAGAAAACUGGCAAACCGAAGGACACUCAUUCAAAACCUCAGCUACAAGAAUCGAUGAUGACAACAAGUAGUGCAACAGUUGGUCGUAAUCGAUUGAAUCACAGCGAUGAAUUCUAUCAAAUUCGUGCGCAACUUCAAGAUCAAUACAACACAAAAACAAAUUUAAAUCAUUUUCUUCGACAACACUUUGACGAUGAUCUCGAUGAUUAUAAAUCAACGAGAACAUCCCUUCAGAACAAAAAAGAUCAACGUGCCAUGCAACAUCACGAAAUCGACACGUCGACACUUCGUCUAAGCGAACAUCAUCAAACUCAGCUUCGUCGUUCGCAUUCAGCUUCGACAAAAACCAAACAAAAUUCUCUCAAAAAAGGUUUUCUCUGUUCAUCAACGAAUACAUUAAAUGUACGACCCAUGACACAUCAACGUGAUUUCGAUGAUUCAACAACGUUGACAGAGAAUGACACGACUAGCAAAGUCAAACUAACUAAUAAGCAUCGUUUAUUACUUGGUAAUGAACAUGAUAUCGUUCAGGUGUUGAAUGAACAAUUUCCAGGAAUUUAUGUCUCAAACGAAAUGCAAUCGAAACUGAAUGAUCAAUUCAGUAAGCAUAUUGAUAAUGUUUUUAAAGCAAGAAUGGAACUGCUUAGCGCUCAACAAGGAAGUACCAACGAUCUUGAAAGAGCCAAAGAAAAACACGAUCAAAUGACUGAAAUUCUUCGUAAAGAACUAGGAGCUUUACAGCGUCAACAAGAUAUUCAAUUGAAACAAUCAGCUGAGCGUAUAUUAAAAUCGAAAGUACGUGACCAACGUAUUCAACAAGCUCGCGUUCGUCGUUAUUUCCAAGACUACUGUCUCGAUCAGCGUAAACGUUUACUUAAAAAGCGUACGAAUGAAGAAUUAAUCUUGAAACAAGCUUAUAAAGAUUCUAUUCGCAUCCAGCGCGAACGUUUACACGAAAUGAAGAAAUACAAGCAAGAAUACAAUGCUUUAUUUCUCACACGUUAUCGUAACCAAUUGGAAUCUCUUGAGAAUUAUUAUCGACAGCGUUUAAGCAUGUUCAAAGAAGCUGAAGAGCAAGAAUCAGCUAUUCAACGCGCCAAUGAUCGCGAAGAUAAACUUGAGUUGAAUAAACAACGCUUACAGUUGCGUAAACAAUUAGAAUCAGAUAUCAAACAAUUACAGGAUCAACUGAAUCAAAAUGAUGAUUAUAUACACUUUCGUCAAUUGGAUUUAGAACGUUUGAAAAACAAUUUAACUCAAGCGAGAAUAACAACCAAAGUUUAA